AUGUCUGACCUAUUACCUUUAGCUGCUUACAAUUUGAACAUCGAGCCAUACACUCCAACCCCGGCCAUUGAUGUUACCACGCCUGUUACCGUGCGUAUCACCAUGGCUGCUAUCGAUCCAGAAGCUUUGGAUGAUGAGAAGAACCCAUCUACUUUGAGAAUUAUCAAGAGAAACCCAGACUACGACGAUGAAGAUGAUGCUGGUGGUUUGUUGGGUGAUUACGACGAAGAUGAAUUAGACAUUUCCGAAGAGGAAGAAGAAGAGGAGGAAAAGUCAAAGUCUAAGAAGGGUAAGGGUAAGGGUAAGUCCAAGAAGCAAGAAGAGGAAGAGGAAGAGGAAGAGGAAGAUGAAGAUGAAGGCGAUGAAGAACUUAUCGAAAUUGACACCGAUGACGAAUUCCAAGAAUUCGUCCUAGCGACUUUGUCACCAAAGACUCAAUAUCAACAAUCUUUGGAUAUUGUAAUUGCUCCAGAAGAAGAAGUUCAAUUCAUUGUUACUGGUUCUUACCGUGUUUCUCUAACCGGUAACUAUGUCAAGCACCCAUUCGAUGCACCAGGUUACGAUGACGAAGAUGACGAUGAAGAAGACGAUGAAAGCUACGAUGAAGAUGAAGACGACUAUCUAACCCCGGAUGAAGAAGCUGAUCUGGAAGAGUUAGAAGAUGCUAGCGACGUUGAAGCUAAGAUCCAAGAGCUUGUCGAAAAAGAACAAUCUAAGUCUAAGAAGAACAACAAGAGAAAGCAACCAGAACCAGAAGAGGAAGAGGAAGAGGAAGAGGAAGAGGAAGAGGAACAAAAGCUAGUUGAAGAAACUAAAAAGAACAAGAAGGCUAAGAAAGAAAAGAAGGUUGAAUUCAAGAAAGACCUAGAAGAAGGACCAACCAAGAAAGAAGAAAAGAAGGAAGAAAAGAAAGAAAAGCCAAAGACCAAGGUGCUUGAAGGUGGUAUCAUCAUCGAAGACCGUGUCACUGGUAAGGGUAAGGCUUGCAAGAAGGGCUCCAAGGUCGGUAUGAGAUACAUUGGUAAGCUAAAGAAUGGUAAGGUCUUUGACAAGAACACCAGCGGUAAACCAUUCGUUUUCAACUUGGGCCGUGGUGAAGUCAUCAAAGGUUGGGAUAUCGGUGUUGCCGGUAUGGCCGUCGGUGGUGAACGUAGAAUCGUCAUCCCUGCUCCAUAUGCGUACGGUAAACAAGCUCUUCCAGGUAUUCCAGCUAACUCCGAAUUGACUUUCGACGUUAAGUUGGUCUCUUUGAAAUAA